AUGGUCUUGUACCAUUCACCUCCUCGAGCUUUUGAAGGUUUCCCUCAAAUGUACGAAGAAGGUGUCAUUAAUCCCACCCUUGGUUAUCACAAAGACGACUAUAGGCAGCACAAUCCACACUCUCUAUUACCGCCCACUAGUUAUUAUCCUUCGCCAGCAGGUAAGUCCGCUGUUUCAGGUGUUUCAACUGGUAUGAUUCCUGAUACGUAUGCCGCCGCCGCGGCUCCUGUUCAUGGACCAGUCACCACAUCGGCUCUUCCAAUGCCAGUACUUCCUUCGGUCCCAAGUAUAGUAUCUUCAGCUGGAAUUAGUAAUGCUGCUGUGACCGCCACAGCACCAGUAUCGGCUAGUUCUAUUUCUGGCUCGGCGUCAAGUAUUGGGUCUGGAUCUAGUGAUGGGUCAGUCACUUCGGCUUCUUCGUACGGUGCCUCAUCUACAGCUGCAUCCAACCCCACCUCUUCUGCGACUGCAAAUUCUACUUGCUCAAGUUCUCCUGCCAAGAAAAAUAAAUCUAUUUAUUACAAUAAUGUCGCCAACAUUGUCUGUCUGCUAUGGUUCAAUGAUAUCAAUUUGCUCAUGAAGUGUUUGAAUGAGGCUCAAGUGUCGAAUUCGUAUGCUAACUGCAAAACAUGUGAAUUUUCAAGUCACUCGAUUCCCACUAGUGCAUUUAAGCAGUUUAUCGCCAAUGUCAUUACCCGAACUCAGCUCCCUCCUACUGCCGUGUCAUUGGCUUUGCUAUACAUUCUCCGUCUGAAGCGGUAUGCCCCUGUUUCCAUUGUAGGAAGUGCAAACUCCGAGUAUCGAGUUUUCUCAGUGGCUUUAAUCUUGACAAACAAGUAUCUCGAUGACAAUACUUAUACGAACAAGACAUGGGCAGACAUUACCCGACUUCCUCUUAAAGAGCUUUCUGCGAUGGAAAUCGAAUUUCUGGGGAAUAUGCGAUACUCACUGCAUGUGGAUCAAGCUGAAUGGAGAGCAUGGCAACGACAGCUCAAAGUGUGGUUGAAUAUUCAUUAUUGGGUUAGCGACAAUGUCAAUAAUGCAGCAGCAGCGGCUGCCGCUGCCGCUGUUGCUGCUGCUGCCUCGAAUUUCAACAAUGCGAAUUCCUGUGGUAUGGCUGCUGCUGCCGCCGCUUCUGCUAUUUCGACCGCUAAUAAUAAUGCCAAUGCUUUUACAAAAGGCAGUCCAGGUUUUUUGGGCACCAAAGCUCAUAGCAGUAACAAUGGAAUCGCUGCUUCUGCAUCUGCAAGUACAAGUCCAGUUACCGGCCUCCCAACACCGAAGUCGUCGAACUUGACUUAUCUUUCUCUGGUAUCUCCUCCAUUGAGAGGUGUGAUUAAUGGUCCAUCGCUGCCGAGUUCUGUCAGCCAAUUCCAACUGCACGAGUCGUAUGCUCCUAACACUCAUCAACACCAAUCUUAUCAACCGAGUCCGACACGUGCUGGAGCUGGUGUUGUGUCGCGUUAUGUUCCUUCUCCUGUGGCUGUUGCACCAAAUGUGCACACCACUUCUUCGGCUCUGCCCACUCCACCUCUGCUUAUGCCCAAUGGUACUGCUCCUAUGAGUUCUCGCAAGCGUAUGUACAUGGAUGACGUUCAAACCUCGUCUAGCCAUGAGUAUCCAUCUGUCAAACGCCAGGCUGUUGUGAAUGGCAAUGGGUUUUCGUCAUAUACCACACACCAACCACCAGCCUUCCGCACUCUUAUCAACAGCAACAUGCCAUCUUUCAACCCAUCUUCGCAAACCAACACUCCUCAGCCACCCAAGCCAUUGCAAUCGGCUCCUAUUUAUUACGUCAUUUCCCAGCGAAAGACCUUCUCCCCACAUUAUGGCUACCCUCAAUCCAACUAUCUACUUCCCCAGCAAUAUCAGUUUGAGCUGCAGCAUUACACACCACAUCACCAGGUACCUAGUCCUAUGGCCACUGGCUCGCAGUUCCGUCCUGUUGUGCAAUUUCUUUCGCCCACUACGGCAUCUUCUUCAUCUGCCUCAUCAUACUGGCGUACUCCCACUGCCAAUUACAAUCGCUAUCAGCAGCAGUUCUCGUCGCCACCCCCAAAUUAUUAA